AGUUUGUGGUUUGUGGUCUGUGAUUUAGCAAAUUUGAUUGUUGCAGUUCCUGCUUUUGUGAUUGUAAUUUUUUAGAAAAAAUUAAUUGAGGUACUUUGGAACUUAUCCUCAAAAUGGUUCUUGAAAGUACAAUGAUUUGUGUGGACAACAGUGAUUACAUGAGAAAUGGAGAUUUCCUUCCAACAAGGCUGCAGGCUCAGCAAGAUGCUGUAAAUUUGGUAUGUCAUUCUAAAACACGAACCAAUCCUGAGAACAAUGUUGGUUUACUGACUUUGGCGAAUGUGGAGGUGUUGGCCACAUUAACUAGCGAUGUCGGCAGAAUACUAUCCAAGCUCCACCGCAUCCAGCCUAAUGGAGAUAUUAACAUAUUGACUGGUAUUAGAAUCGCACACUUGGCUCUAAAGCAUCGUCAAGGGAAAAAUCAUAAAAUGAGGAUAGUAGUAUUCGUGGGUUCGCCGAUAAACACGGAUGAAAAGGAGCUCGUCAAACUAGCCAAAAGACUUAAGAAGGAGAAGGUGAACUGUGACGUUGUCUCCUUUGGCGAGGACUCUGAGAACAAUCCUCUUUUAACAUCCUUCGUGAACACUUUGAAUGGCAAAGAAAAUACAUCUGGGGGUAGCCACUUAGUAUCGGUGCCAGCUGGUGGCUGUGUUGUUCUGUCAGAAGCUUUGAUUUCCAGCCCCGUCAUUGGUGGGGAUGGAGCGGGUCCGUCUGGGUCUGGUUUGUCACCAUUCGAGUUUGGCGUAGAUCCUAAUGAAGAUCCAGAACUCGCUCUCGCUCUUCGUGUGUCUAUGGAAGAACAGAGACAGCGCCAAGAAGAAGAGUCGCGACGCCAGCAAACAACCACUGAGGGAGAGCUUGGCAAAACUGGAGAAGCUCAAAACACUGGCAUUGAGAGAAAUUUAGCCAUGUCGCUCGGGCGAGAAGCUAUGGAGCUAUCGGAGGAGGAACAAAUUGCUCUAGCCAUGCAAAUGAGCAUGCAACAAGACGCACCACAGACUGAAGAGACUAUGGAUGUGUCUGAGGAAUAUGCAGAGGUUAUGAACGAUCCAGCAUUCCUUCAAAGUGUAUUAGAAAACCUCCCGGGUGUAGACCCGCAGAGUGAGGCCAUCCGCAAUGCUAUGUCUACCAUCAAAAAGGACAAAGACGAAAAGGAUGACAAAGACCAGAAAGAGAAAGAUGGAAAAGCCUCAGGAUCAUAAGAAAAUUGAAGAAGUCUUUCCAAUUUUUUUUAUUUAUGUUUAGUGCUUGUAAACUUUAAUUAACAAAACCAUUCAUGUAACUGUCAAUAAAUUCUUAUGGGAAAGAUG